AUGUCCUUUCUAAAGAACCCCCUUUUCAUCUCUAAAACCCUAUUUCUCCUCAUUUCAAUAGCAGCCAGCUUCACAUGUGCCCAGAACACUAUCAGUCCCAAUUCGUCCUCCUGCCCUUCACAAUCCUGCGGCGGCGUUAGAGAGAUCAGAUUCCCCUUCCGACUGAACGGCGACUCAAGAUCCUGCGGCUACAGCGACCGCAUCUUCCAGCUGGACUGCCUCAACAAUCAGACAUUCCUCAACGUCCGAUCCAAAAGGUACCUCGUCCGGGAUAUCAAUUACGACGAGUUCUCCAUCAGGUUGGUCGAUCCCGGCGUGGGCGGCUCGAAUUUGUCGUCCUGCCCGCUCUACGACACCGAUUACGAUGACUGGCCCAGGAGCAUGAACGACAAUUUCUUCGAUUGGAAUGUGCCCGUCGUGUUUAUUUACUGUUUAGCCCCCGUGAACGGUUCAAAUUACUUGGAGGCCCCAUUCUGCGGCAAUAGGAGCAGUAUAUUCUCGAAUUCCUCGGGACUUUACAGUUACGUUGUGGCAGGGGAAAGGAUUUUGGUUUCGGAUUUGGAGGAUUCCUGCAGUGUGGCCCGGGUGGCUCAGGCGUCGGCCCGUGGGCCCGUGGUGAAUUACGGGUCGUUGGGCGGUGUUUAUGGCGGGCUCGGCUAUGGGUUUGAACUGUCGUGGUUUCGAGUGCUGUGUGGGGAGUGUCAAUUUCAAUAUUACGGACUUUUUGUUGGAUUCUAUAGCGCGUUUGCAAUUGCUGGUGUGGUAGCUCUGAGGUUCCUCAUUGGACUCCCUAUCUUGAUCACGAUUGUUGUGUACAAAUGGCGAAGGCAUACUCCGUUUGAGAACAACUAUUCUGUCUCACUAUAG